AUGGACUGACGUUGAGUGGCUUGAUGCAGCUGCCAUAAAACACGGCGUGUCGUCUCCGUUAAGUGACACUUACUAACUCACUGUUCACUCCGAGGCACGCGCACAACAUGGCAAACGCAGUCAGAGAAGUGGAAUCUUUGGUGGAGUUCCACCAAAUCCUGAAGGACUCCGGAGACAAGCUGGUUGUGGUGGACUUCACCGCCACCUGGUGCGGCCCCUGCAAAAUGAUCGCCCCAAUAUUUGUGAAAGAGGCUGCAAAGCCUGAGAACAAGAACGUGGUUUUCCUGAAGGUGGACGUGGAUGAUUGUGAAGAUGUCAGUAAAGAAUGCGGGAUCAGCUGCAUGCCCACUUUCCACUUCUACAAGAACGGCGCAAAGGUAUUCGAGUUCUCCGGCGCCAACGUGGACACGUUGUUGGAAAAACUGGUGGCUCUGAGAACAUGAAGUCCCAGCGGCGCUCUUCCCCCAGUAACGCCACCGUAGCCCUCCUGUACACGCAUCAGAAAAUUCCAGUUACUAGUUGUGUAACCAGCAGGUUGUCUCUUCCACACAGGCGUCUGGGGGACAUGUCCUUUGUCCUUCUGUCUCUGUACUGAAUUUUGGAUUAAAACCUCAUGACCACUUUUAGAUCUUUUUUCAUUUGAAAUUGGCUCCUGACUCAUUCCUGAACUUUUUUUUCGAGGUCUGUUCAAGGUGGAUUUUAAUAAAAGAAGAUGGCUUACAGGAA